AUGUGGGUCCCAGGAGCAGCAUUCCAUGAGCAAGGAGGAGGAGAGUGCGGGGCCCGGUCCCACCAGCAUGUGGGUCCCACGGAGUCAGAGAAGGAGGCGCAGUCAGAGUGGGUCCCCACUGACACUGCCCACCCUCCUUCCUUCCCUCCUCCAGCUGCCUAUCACAUCAUCCUCCUGUCUCUGUCUCACUGUCCCCCUCUCCCUCGUCCUUCUCCCUCUCUUCUUCAACUCAGAAACGAGAGAGAGAACUCAGAAACGAGAGAGAGAGAGAGAGAGAGCUUUGAGGGUCUCUCUGCGUGUCUUGCUUUGUAUGCUCUGUCAAACCCUAAUACUGAUUCCUCCGUCACCAACACCACCAUGAGAUUCGUCUUACAGGCAAGGUUUAUUUUCAUGGAGUCCAGCCAUUUGUUGUCAGGGUUGAAAACUUGA